AUGGAGACAGUGGAACAGCUAGUGUCGUUUAACCACAUCCAGGUUCAGCUCCACGGAGGCGCUCCUUGGGGAUUCACACUGAAAGGGGGUCUUGAGCACGGCGAGCCGCUAAUAAUAACAAAAAUAGAAGAGGGGGGUAAGGCUGCUCAGUGUAAGAAGUUGCGUGUGGGAGACGAGCUGGUCAACAUUAACGGCUCCGCCCUUUACGGCUCCCGCCAGGAGGCCCUCAUCCUCAUCAAAGGCUCCUACAGGAUCCUAAAGAUCACCGUCCGCAGGCGCAGCGUGCCGAUAAUCAGACCUCACUCCUGGCAUCUGUCGAGGCUGCCAGAGCCCCCGAGUGCUCUGGGCACUUCAGGGACCGCAGACGGCCCCCUGGCCAUGCAGCUCCACCCCGAACCCUUCAGUGUACCAUGGCACUCCAGGGGAGAAAACAGUGAUCUGUCUAUGCAGUGGGGCCACCUGUCCAGACACUACAGCACAGAUCGCAGCAGCUCGGUAGGGAGCAUGGAAAGUCUAGAGAACCCUCCCAGUCAAGGUUACUACGACAGUCAGUUGUCUCCAGUGGACCCGGCAAUCUUCAACAACAAGCGCGACUCUGCCUACAGCUCCUUCUCUGCUAGCUCCAAUACCUCAGACUAUACUGUCUCUCUUCGGCCUGACGAGGCAAACUCCAUGGACAACCUGCUUCAGGGCCUGGGCUCCUCUUGGAAGUUUACAGAGGGACGCCCCUCUUCCUCUGCCAACGGCCCUGGGGAAAUACCUGAGGAAGGCCUCAAAUCCAGGUCCCUGUCUCGGCAACUCGAGGGCAAGGUCCGGCCGUCCUCUUACAGCUACGAGGAAGACAGGAGUGCACCCCCACAACCACCGAUGAGGAAAGACAGUUUUAGGGCAACCAGGGGCAGACCAGGUGUCACCGACAAACGUUGUGUCUCUGCCCCUGUUGGCAUUCCCAGUCUAUCCUGCUGCCUAAUGGAGGACCUCCAGCAGACCCAGGAAGUGCAGAGCAGGAACUUCCACAUGUGUAAGGCCGAGGAAAACAGACAAGAAUGUAAGGGAAACAGUACAGGACCGUACUACACACUCAUUUCAGAGAGAGCGCCUUGUAGUGACUGUAGCCAAGAGGGAGAUAUCAAGAAAAAUCAAGUCCAGGAUCCAGACAAGGUGUCACCCAGCCCAAGCCCUCUACCUCCAACAAACACUGAUGGACAAAGGGAUGUUGAAGAGCCGCUGAAUUCUCAACUCAUCCUCCCAGAGAACAAAUACCUAUUGAGUGCUCACAGGCACAGUGCCCCCGAGAAAUUACUGGCUUCACAGCUACAGCUUGCAUUUCCAAGUGAUCGUAGUGACAUAUCCAUUUCCCCUUGUAGCCAGUGGUCCCAGUCACCUUUGCACCCAAGGGAUGACUUAUGUGAAACUAGUCCCGAUGCGGCAUCGCAGGGGAAAUGGUGUGGGAGCAGGUGCUCCACGCCAGGAUCAGUGGCAACAUUGGACUCAGAAGAUCCCAGACUUGAAGGAGGCACAUUAGAUUCAAGACAGACCCCUUCUCCCGUCCAACACCACUGGGGUCGUUCCAUCAGCGUUCCAGGAGAACCUGUUGGGAAAGGAGACUCUGGAUGUGGGCCUUCCACAGCAUCGUGCGUUCUGAGUUCAGAUUUUGCGCCGCUCAGCACAGCGGCAAGUGUGGAUACUUUACUGGCAGAGACUGAAGAAAGAGGAGGAGGGACAGUGGGUGGAGCUGAGUAUCCCAAACCCUCACAGAGGCGUCAGUUCCGCUCAUCCAAGUCGCGCCGACGCAGCGAGCGCUUUGCUACCAACUUGCGUAAUGAGAUCCAGAGGAAGAAAGCCCAGCUGCAGAAGAGCAAAGGCCCAGGAGGUUUACUUUACAGUGGGGAGAUGGUGGAGGAAGAAGAAACUGGAGAGCUUCAGUUGGAUGAGGAAGCUCAGUCAAAACCAGCAGAAAUCCAUCAACCUAAAGUUUGGACCAAAGCUAGUCAUCAUGCCUCUUGGCAGACUGAUCACUCUGCACAGGCUCAGUUCACUGGGCAAAACUCAACCUCAAAGCCUCAGCAAAGAUUGGUAGAUGGUCCAGUAAAGGGAAUGGAACCUGCUCACUUAAAUGCUGUGGAUCCCCAGGACUCAAAGGAUGACCAGAAUCAGACCCAGCCACCUGAGCAGACAAGGCAAGUCUCUGUGCGUGUGGUCGAAGAGCUUGCACCAGUAGGGAAAGCUCGCCGUUGGCGUUGGACACCAGAGCACAAGUUACAACCAGAGCUAGAGCCAACAGAGAGGAGGAAGGGUGAAGAUGCAGGGCAGACAUCGUGUGGGACAACUGGAAGAAUACGGGUCGGGAAGGCUACCUCAUCUAGCAGUCGUUUGUCAAGCCGGUUGGAUGAGUGUGACAUCCCUCCUUUUGCUGACCGUAUGAAGUUCUUUGAAGAAACGAGCAGGAAUCUUAGCAUGUCUGUGUCCAAUCUGUCCGGACUGACAAGCCGACGCCAGAGACCAGAAAGACAUGGGAGACAACCCUGUUUGUCUAGUGCUGAUACCCUUCAGUCAGCUCAAGACGUAGGCCGGAGAAGGUUCUCCUAUCAGGGUGGAGUCCAGGAUGGAGCCUCUAUCCCUGCAGUGGACUCCAGGAGGCAGUCGGUUACUGGAGGACGGGAGCGUGACAAAGAAAUAGAGAUCAUGAGAGAACAUGAGAGAGAAUGUGAAAGAGAACAGGAGAGAUUGAGGGAGUUGGAAAGGUUGAAAGAAGAAGAGCAAGUAAGGGAGCAAGAGAGAAUACGGGAGCAAGAGAGACUUAAGGAAUGGGAAAAAGAGGAUGCAAGGGAGAGGCAAAGAGAAAUGGAGGAGAGGGAAAGGGAGAGAGAAGAACACAGGGACAGAGAGAAAGGGGAGCAACAGAGAGUGUUGCAGAGGGAGAGAGAAUGGGAAACGGCCAGAGAACCCCAGCACUUAGGGCAUGACCUUCACUCUGACCCGGUGACCCAGUCAGUGUGCCACGAGGCCAAACAGAAACAGACACCCAGUCUUCAGAAUCAUUCCUCUUAUCAGCCCCCGGCGUGUUACCAUGGCAACGCCGACAUGGACGCCUACAGUCCCCGUUCCGCCUUCCAUCCCGUGAGUGGCCAACAGUAUCAGCGUGACAGCCAGUGCCUGCAUCCUGAAUACAAACCCAGGAGCUGCACUCCAACAGAGGCAUAUCCUGUGCGGGAGAGAGAACAAACCAAACUCAAUAGGAACUUCAGCCUGACUGAAAAGGAUUAUUCCAGGAGCAGGCGGGACUCCAGGCAGGGAGAGGGCGCUGUGAGCAAUGGCUUUCAGAACCACUGGAGUAACAGGCUGUCCAGUAACAACGCGGACAAGAACCCUUUGAUGUCGUCCCCACUUCGAAGCCGAGCCAUGUCUGAGAAUGACUUGCGUGUGGCCACACAGCGACUUGAUUGUGCUAAUGUCGGUGGAGUGUCCGUGUCCGCUCUGAAAGAGGUGGAUGAAAGUGGAGCGUCUGUAGACAACUCAAAGAAGAAAAAAGGCCCCCCUCCACCACGUCCCCCGCCCCCAAACUGGGAGCAGUUCCAUCGGAGACGGGCAUCUCACCACAACCUCUUCCCCUCCCCACCUCCGUCCUCCAAUUCUUCUACUUCUUCUCCUCAGCCCAGUUGGGCUCCUAUCUUGCCACCCCAGCCAUGGGCAUCACGAAACACCAGCGCUCUCGAAAUGACCCGUCAGCGGUCUUAUAGCCUCCCUCCAAGAGAGGGCACUGAGAGCUGUCAACGAUGUUGCCAGGACUACCCACAGGCUCCACCCAGUCCAGCCUUCACACACAGGGCCUUCAAACCCGUGGCCCCUCCUCCAAGGGAAAGAGAGACGCCCUCACAGCACCAAGAUAUUCACAGAUCCGCAACCACGUCCGUGCCUGAGAUAGGUACAAGGAUUUCUGAUCCAAGCACUGCGCCGCAUUUGGAUCAGCCCCGGCCAGCAGUGGUGAAGCCUGUCUCGCUAAAGCACAGAGGGGUAGCAGAAUGGGAUAGGACGACCCCACAAAAUCCUACAGGGCCUCACAGCACCUCGACGGUCCAUGGCACUACCCCACCCCUGGAAAAUGGCACCUAUGGGGAUGCUGUCACACCGGAGUCCUACUUUGCCAUGAACUACAACUACCAGCAGCACUUGCAACACCAUCAAAGAGACAUUCCCAACACAGCUUACAAAAAUCAGGAACCUUCUGUUCGCAGUGCGACCCCCGGCGAAGACAGAGAUGUACCGCUGGAAACGGACAUAGAUGAGUACCACGAGAAUGAGGGAGGCGAGGAGGAGGGGAGACAAAGGGAACAACGGACGGAGAUCCAGUGUUUCGCUCAGCCCGCCACCGUCCUAGAGACCGACAUCGACACGCUGCCCGAGGAGGAAGCACAGGUUAUGGGCGCGAGGAGAGGGCCGAGGGGGUCCUUGGUAGACUCCCUCCUGGAUGAGGAGUGUGGAACUAAGUCCAGGCAGGAGCUGAUUGGGGAACUGUUCCCUCACAGCCCGGAGACAGUUACCGGAGGAGGGAGCUGGAGAGGGGGAUACCCAGUAAUGGAGCACAGUGGAGACACGCUGGAGAGACACUCAAAAUCAGACUCUUCUUCCAAAACCCAUCUCCUCAACAAAAUGGACUUCUCAGAGAUAAGCAACCCGGAGGAAGACGAAGAGCUCAACUACAAGAAGCAGCUCAUGGAGAGUCUGCGUAAGAAACUUGGGGUGCUGCGAGAGGCUCAGAGAGGGUUGCAGGAGGACAUCAGGGCGAACGCUCAGCUCGGGGAGGAAGUGGAGAGCCUGGUUCUCGCCGUGUGCAAGCCCAACGAAGUGGACAAGUAUCGCAUGUUCAUCGGGGACCUGGACAAAGUGGUCAGCCUGCUGCUGUCCCUCUCCAGUCGGCUGCUCCGAGUUGAAAGCGCCCUCGACUGCCUAGACUCCGAUUCUGGCCACAGUGAAAGGCUCCCCCUGCUGGAGAAGAAGAAACAACUCCUCGCUCAGCUGGGUGAAGCCCAAGAGUUGAAGGAACAUGUCGACAGGCGCGAGCAGGCCGUGGGCAGGGUGUUAGGCCGCUGCCUUACCCCGGAGCAGCUGAGAGACUACAGCCACUUUGUCAAGAUGAAAGCCGCUCUGCUGGUGGAGCAGAGGCAGCUGGAGGAUAAGAUCCGACUUGGAGAGGAGCAACUCCGGGGACUACGUGAGAGCCUUGGCCUGGGUCUUGGUGUGGGGAUGGGCGCUGGAAUAGCCUAUGGGCUUUAAUAUAAGGGACACUGUGUGUG